AUGGAAGAUGAUUUGUUAAUUUUUUCUGCUGCUUCUCUUAGCUCAGUGCAGGUCAUUAAAGAUGUGCUUGCUGACUUUGAAGAGCUCUCUGGGUUGAAGGCAAACCCCUCUAAGAGUUUGAUUUUUUUGGCUGGUGUGAACCCUUGUCUAAAACAGGAAAUUCUUGAGAUGGUGCACAUGCUUGAAGGGAUUUGCCUGGGUAGGAGCUUGUGGACAGUUCCUAUUCCUACUUCAUGCUCUUGGAGCUGGAAGAAAUUAUUGAAGAUCCGUGAGCUUGCAAAGAGAUUACUCAGAUUUAAAGUUGGAGAUGGUAUGAAGAUAUUUCUUUGGUUGGACAAUUGGCAUCCUACUGGAUACUUGUUGGACAGAUUUGGCUAUAGGGCCAUCUAUGAUUCUGGUUUUUCCAUUGAUGCUAAGCUGUCAAAUAUUAUUAGGAAUGAAGAUUGGUUUUGGCCUUCAGCUAGAUCUGAGGCUAUUGUUGAAAUACAGAGUAGCCUUCCUGAUAUUCAGCUUGGGGGAGAUGAUCUUCCUGUUUGGGAUUCCAGGAAUGGUAAGUACUCCUGUGCAGAAACUUGGGAGAAGCUAAGGAGUAGACAUCCGGUUGUGCCUUGGUGGAAGACUGUAUGGUUUCCCAUGGCUAUCCCGAGACAUUCAUUCUUCCUAUGGUUGGUUUUUAAGGAUGCAGUUGUCACUCGGAAUAAGAUGAGUGCCUGGGGGUAUUCCGGUCCGUGCCUUUGCUUAUUUUGUUAUGCUGCGCAAGAAAGUAGAGAACAUUUGUUCUUUCGGUGUAGCUUUAGUGGUCGGGUCUGGAAAGCUAUCAUGGGGGAUUGUUCUCUUGCUGUGCCGACUAAUUGGGAUGAGAUUGAAGAUUGGGGCCCUAAAAUGUUGAGGGGAAAAAGCUUGAAGAACUGCUUGGGUAGGCUCUGUUUUGUUGCAGUAGUAUAUCACCUAUGGAAGCAAAGAAAUGCUCUCUUGCAUGGAAAUAAUCCUCGUUCGGAGGAAGAUAUAUUGGCACAGAUACGAUGGGAGGUCAGAGCAAGGAUUAUGGCUCAAAAGAAUUUUCAAAAUUCAGAGUUGCAGAUGAAGCUAGUUGCCAAGUGGAAUCUUUUCUCUUGUCUGUAA